AUGUUGACGGCUCUCUUCACUCUUGGCUAUGUAGCUUAUGCUACCGCCCAUGGAACGCAUGAUAAUCAGAAGACGCUCUCCGGUCCGCAUCAGUCUUUGUGGUAUAACACCCUUCCUGGUGAUGGUGGAACACAGGCCGAUUCGGUCUUCUCUGGGAUCACAACGUUUGGACGCUUGCCGUACCAGCCUUGCCUUGGUCAUGAUGACAUAGAUUAUGAUCUCGCCUUCAUUGGUGCUCCUUUCGAUACCGGUACAUCAUACCGACCUGGUGCAAGAUUCGGUCCUUCAGGUAUUCGUCAAGGAUCACGACGUCUAAAUCUCUAUGGAGGUUACAACGUCCCGUUAGACACGAACCCCUUUAACUCAUGGGCAAAGGUCCUCGACUGCGGAGACAUCCCAGUGACAUCUUACGAUAACACAUGGGCCCUCAAGCAGAUCGAGGAAGGCCACUACAACAUCCUAUCCCGACCACCAAAGACAGCCUGGGACAAGCCCGGACCAUCUAAGAAGGGAAAGACUCUACCACGAGUCAUCACCCUCGGCGGCGACCACACCAUCACCCUCCCACUCCUCCGCUCCAUCAACCGAGCAUACGGCCCCGUCUCCGUCAUCCACUUCGACAGCCAUCUGGACACCUGGCGUCCCAAAGUCUUCGGCGGCUCCCCCUCCGAAGUCGCCAGCAUCAACCACGGGACAUACUUCUACCACGCAGCACAAGAAGGUCUUCUCGCGAACGACACCAACAUCCACGCAGGCAUCCGCACGACGCUCAGCGGGCCCUCGGACUACGCCAACGACGGGUACUGCGGGUUCGCGAUCGUCGAGGCGCGCGAGGUCGACACCAUUGGCACUGAUGGCAUUAUCAAGAAGAUACUGGAACGUGUGGGCACGGAGAAGCCCGUUUACUUGUCGCUUGAUAUCGAUACCCUGGACCCGGCUUUUGCGCCGGCUACGGGGACCCCGGAAACUGGGGGGUGGAGUACAAGGGAGCUGAGGACGAUUUUGAGGGGGCUGGAGGGGGUUAAUUUGAUUGGGGCGGAUAUUGUUGAGGUUGCUCCUGCCUACGAUACGAACGCUGAGCACACCACUAUGGCGGCUGCGGAUGCGUUGUAUGAGAUCAUGAGCAUCAUGCUUAAGAAGGGUCCCCUUAGCAAUAUGAUUGCCAACAGCACGGAGGAAGAGCUGUGA